UUUUUUCUAUGCAUUCGUAGGAGAGGUUUUUUUUUUAAUUUUUUUUCAAUCCAGUUUCGAGGGCAAAAUUUUCCAUUUCGAAGAAUAACAAAUAUAAAAAAAACCAGUAAGCAAAAGGAAAUCGCCAAAAUCGAAAAAAAAAUGGAUGGAAAUUCAAUUUCGGGCGGCGUGGCCAGUCGUACGGUCGACAUGAUGACGAACGGACAUCUGACGGAAGCGGAAAUGGCAUUCGAAAUGUGCCAAUUGAUCGGGGCCAGGGCCUGCUAUGAGGUCGUAAAGGAUUCCUUAAAAAUCAAAAAUAUGGUGCAGAAGCAGAAGAAGAGCUACGCCGAUUUGCUGUCUUUGCCCAAAAAGUUGUAUCUAGAAACAACAUUGGUGCCCGCUUUGAUGAACGGCAUCGCUUUUGUAGCACGAGACAGACCCAUCAGUCCCAUAACCACGCUCGCGGUCUACCUGAUGAAGAACAAUUGCUCCAACGACACGGAAGUAGACUCGGAAAUCGAGGGUAGAGCGCAGGCCAGCAAAAUGAAGAACAAAUUGGGCGCCCUAUGGUCCAAAGUGGACUUUAUGUAGACCCGAAGUCAGUUGGUACUACUGUGAAAAUACGUCAGCUGUCACUUGUCUAGGAUGCUAGCGCUAUCAACUCGUUUUUGGUACAAACCGGCCGUGAUUUUGAUCUAAAAGUAGAUUUUUAUAAACUGUUAUACGUUGUAAUGACAGUUGGUAUUAGUGUAAAUACGUCAGAUGUCACCUGUCAACUAUCGUUCGUCAAUAAUGGCUACCAACUCGCGUUCAUUUAAGAAUAAAUUGAGCGUAUUGUUUGACCAAAGUAGGCUAUUCCGAACUUUUGUAUUCAGCUUUUUUAACUGAAAAUACUCUUGGUAUUACUGUAAAUACGUCAGCUGCCAUCUGUCAUCAUUGCUACCACCUCACAUUCCUAACAUUUUUGUAUACAUACUGAUUUUUUCUGUAACAGGUACAAAAUAAAUUAGCGAU